ACUUGAGAGUCGAAAUACAUCUUUACAUCACACGUCAGUGGCCACCGAGCUGUCUUCAAAGUAACACGGAUUAGACACACGCUGUUUCCUUUUACGUAAUCAUGCCUGCGUGCAACUUGUGAUUGUAGUGUAAGACUGAUAUUGUGAUUUUCCGGGACUUUUGCGUGCGCUAGGACUGAUUUGGUGCUUGGAGUAGCGUUCUCUACGUAAAGUUCUGCUUCCGUGUCAAUGGCUGUUUCAACGUUGAACAUGACUCCGUACUUUACAGGAUAUUCAUUCCAAGGACAAGGUCGUAUGAACCAGUUGGGUGGAGUUUUCAUCAACGGUCGUCCAUUACCAAACCACAUCAGGCUGAAGAUCGUGGAGAUGGCGGCGGCGGGCGUGCGGCCUUGCGUCAUCUCGCGUCAACUCCGCGUCUCGCACGGCUGCGUCUCAAAGAUUCUUAACAGAUACCAAGAAACCGGUUCAAUACGCCCUGGUGUUAUCGGAGGUUCGAAACCGAGGGUAGCAACGCCCGAAGUUGAGAACAGGAUCGAAGAGCUCAAGAGACAAAACCCAGGUAUAUUCUCCUGGGAAAUUAGAGAUAAAUUAAUAAAAGAAGGCAUUUGUGAUAAAAACACUGCCCCAUCAGUCAGUUCGAUUUCGCGACUUAUAAGAGGAGGCAAAAGGGAUGAAUCAGAUCCUAGAAGAAACCACAGUAUUGAUGGUAUUCUAGGUCCAUCGUCUUGUGAAGACUCCGAUACAGAGUCGGAACCCGGCAUUACGCUGAAGCGGAAACAACGAAGGUCUAGAACAACCUUUUCCGGAGAUCAACUUGAGGCUUUAGAACGAGCUUUUACAAGAACGCAAUAUCCUGACGUUUAUACGCGAGAAGAAUUAGCGCAGAAGACCAAACUCACAGAAGCUAGAGUUCAGGUGUGGUUCUCGAACCGAAGAGCACGUCUACGGAAGCAAUUAAAUUCCCAACAACUAAGUGCCUUCAAUACAAUGUCCUUACAAUCUGCCUUCCCAUCAGUUCAUCAACAAUACGAACCACCGUCUUCUUUCAAUGCUCAAUGUGCUUCAUGGCAGCAAUCAUAUUCUUCUGCGUUAGGUUCUAGUUCCGUUCUUAAUUCUGCAUUAGCACCUUCUCUGCACCAAUCAGCGUUAGCUACUCCUGUAUGCCAGUCAGCUCUUGCAGCUUCGUCAUUGCAUCCACCCACUUCAAGUUCAUUUCCAUCUGGGAACUUGACCCCAUUAUCUCAUUCUUCUGAACUACCAACGCCUUUACAAGCAUCGUCUGACGCUACUCCUCCUAGUACGAGCCCAACUGCAGCGAGUCCGACUGCUAACCAUAGUAGUGGAAUUACCUAUCAACAUCCAACGUAUGCAAAUGGCACCGAGACGGUCUCCCAUCCAUACGGAUAUGGCGACUACGCUAAACAAGAGCACAUGGCAGCCCACAAUCACUGGACAUCGAGACAGCUCAGUGGUCAUCAUCAAAAUAAAUUAGCCGAAGUCAGCGCCUGGCCAGAAAAUUAUAGUUCCUUCUUCGGUACAAACCAUUCACACUACGCGUCCCACGCACAUUCUCCUACGGAAGCGAAAUCGGGAUACCCUUAUAUUGGACAACUUGGCGGCAUGGAUAUGGGGAGAGUUCACUAAUGAUAUACAUACGUUUAUUUUACGUUCGGUUGUUUAAUAAAUAAUAUAUCAAUAUUUUUAAGGUGCUCGAACUAAAUGUAACAUCAGUGCCUUUAUUGUAAAA